GAGUUGGUUAAGUUCACCAUACGACCUUUUCUUUUUCUGUUUCCAAUUUUGAUUUCUUUGUAAGCUUGUCAAAAAAGGCGAGGUUUCGCUCAUAUGUUUUUUUAAAAAAUAUUCCGGUCGAUUGAGCGGGCCAUCAACUAUGUACUGUUGUAUGCAUUUCGCCUCACAAAUAAGCGACACGUGGCCAGACUGCUGGGAACCAUGCAGCGGAUAGACACGUGGCCAAGCAGGACCGAUCCGUCGGCUGACCCAUCUGCCGACCCAUUUGCGAGCCGUCCUUUCGAUCGACCCAUCCAUUCAUUGGUAACGAGAGAGAGUGGAGGGAGUARGGCGUGGUAUAUAUACAGUCCUGAGGGCCACAAGUUGCGCUCAAAGCCUGCGCUGGAAACGCUCUUGGAACAGCCGCAGUAUGCGGGCUUGAAUAAGGACGACUUCUGUUUUAGCUUAGCAAAGAUUGUCCAUGAUUUCCAGUUGAAACCGGAUUGGGUUGUAGAAGCCACAGGGAUAAAGAGGGAGGCAUUGGAGUGGAUGUGUAAUGAUGACCCUGGGGCGCCGCUACCAGUGCUUGAUGACGGACCCAGCCCAACUGGAAGGAAAACGUCAGCUGAAAAGCAGAAGGUCCCAGGACAACAGAAAGUGAAAAAAAUUCCGGCUGUAACUAUGCAGCCCCUUGGAGGAGUUGCUAUUUCACAGGAAACCACGGUGGGUGGACUUGGGCCUACACCCACCAAGCUCUCGACCGAGAAAGGCAGUGGAGGUGCAUCCGCGAUCAUGAAGCACCCUGUGGAGAGGGUGGUCGGAGGCGGAUCUUCUCUGGUGAAAUCUCCCAUCGGAAGGGCAGGAUCUUUGCCUGCUAUGCUGAAAUCACAUACAGAAAAGGGAGGAAGUGGACCUGCAUCUGUAAAGCCACCUAUGGUAAGGCCAGGAGGUGGUGGGGCUGCGUUGAUGAAGCCACUGACAAAAACACCGGGUGUUCGUUCGGUGGCCCCUAUGAACACAAUGACUGAAAAAGCAGGUGACGACACACUGACAAAAACAACGGGUGUCGGUGUGGUGGCCCCCAUGAACACAACGACCAGAAAAGCAGGUGACAACACUUCUUUGCCAAUAAGUUUGCCAGGAAUGAAGAGCAUUGGGAAUGAUGCUGUCAAAGGAGUGGAGAGAUUGGGUGGUGUCGUAGGUGUUUCAGCGAAGCUGGCUGUGGAGAGGGUGAGUGAAAGUAUAUCUGCUGGACCAUCCAAGAUGUCACCAGAGAAGGUAGGCGGAGCAGGGGCUGAAUUGACGUUACAAGCAAAACCAGCUAUUGGAGUUGGAGGGAGUGGUCAGGUGCUUCCUGUGGACUCACCCACUGAAAAAGUAGUUGGAGACGGUGCUUGUCCUUCCAAGUUGCUUGGGGAAGGACAACGGACACCUGCAGGAGAUGCACCUUCAAGGUCAUUUGCUGAAAAACUGAUUGGACAAGCUGCACAAGUAAAGUUGGCAGUUGAGAGAGUGGGUUCAGCACCAUUGUCCGUCUCAAAGCCAGGUGUCUUGAGCAAAGGAGCUUUGCUGGCCCAGCUGCCUUUGCAAGCAAAGAAGUUACCUGCAUCAGGGAAAAGUCCAGGAGACAAAGCGGGUGGAGGGUCAUCUGCAAAGGGAAGUUCACUCCUGGUGCGUUCGAUUAGUCCAAAGGUCCCAACGAACAGGCCAACAACAGUUGCAGAAGUUCCAGGGAAGUCAUUGACACACAGAGCAGGCACAGUUGAAGCUGCUGCGGCAGAGGAUCAAGGGAAGCUGCUGUUGGACAAACCAGGCACAGGGGAAGCUCUCCCUGCUAAGGCAAGUGCUCGUCCUUCCAAAGAGGUGUCACAUCCUGCGUCUCCAGUGAUCUGCAGGGAAUCUGAGAAAAACGUGAGCAAUGAUGGUGGGAGCUGUCCUCCUCAGAUACCUGACGCCGAGCAAGAUGUGGUUGCUAAAAUAGAUAGGGUGAUAGAUACUAAAGGGCAGAAGGAUGUCACAGCUGGUGUGAUGAGGGCAGAGGGAAGUCAAAUACCCCCAACGGAUGUUUCACCAUCAUUUGACCGAGGUGAAGAGGAAUUGCAGGUGCAAGAGGGAGUGCAGCAGUAUGCCUUGGUCAAUGCUAACGGAGAGGGAAAUCAGCCAUCAGCUGCCGUUUUAGUUGACAGUGAAAAAGGGGAAGCUUUAGAUGGGGCCCAGCCUGAGUUGCAUGGGGCAGCAGGUUUGAUGUCAGUGAAUGAUGGCGUGCAGCUGUCUAAGGCUCCUUCCACAGAGUGCGAAAGUCCAGUGGCAGUGAAGCCUCAAACCGCAAAGAUGGCUACAGUUACCGAGCCUGACGACAAUCACACUGAAAAGAGUGUGGUAGUGAAGGCUGCAAAGAAACUGGUUAAGACAAAGGGGGAGCUUGGUAAGGUAGUGCCCAUGAAAACAAAAACUCUGAUGGCCAAGACAGGGGAGAAAUUGGUGAAGAUAGAUGGAAAGUUGGUAAAAGUAAAGACAGGUGGAUUGCUGAAAGAUGGGUUUUCGAAGGACAAGGGAAAGACAAUUGUUGAGUCCAGGGCAGAUAAGCAUAUUGAAGAUCCAAACAAGCUGGGGUCUUUGGUAGACACGUUGAGAGAGAGAACCCAAGAAAGCAAGCAGGGAGCUGUGAGAAGCAAGGAAUUUCAGAGUGGAAAUGUUCAGGAAGGAAAUGUGAUUGCUGACGGAAGUCCGCAGACAAAUAAGCAAGACGGAAGGUGCUCAGAGGUCGACGUACCAGCUGGGAGGACAGGAAAGCUGGUGGUUGAUGUUGACGAGGAAAAUGGCUGUGAAAUUGUAGGGGCAAGCAACAUGAGCGCCAGAGUGUCAGGAGGUGAUCAACAGGGUCUCAUCAGCCAGGAUUGUUUGGUUGAUGGUGUUAGAGGCAGUGUGGAAAAUGCGGGUGAGGUGGAGGGGAAAUGUGCAGUAGAUGAUCUGUUGUCGAGCCAGGUGAUGAAUGGGGCUGUAAAGAAGGACGCAACAGGUGCCUCUUCGGAACCUGUAGUCGAUGCCGAGAUGUUUGCUAUGGCGCAACUUGUGGAGGCAGAGGACGUAUCAGGGUCCCUUGAAGACUUUCUUAUCUGUAAUGUGGAGGGAAAGUUGUUGUCCAUGGAUAACAUCAAAGAGCACUUUGAUUCCCGAGAAUCUUCUCAGCAAAAGCAGGACCUUGCUGGUCACCCUGAUAUCAUGGUAGUGGGGAAUGUGCCCCAGGGGAUUGCCGUUAAAUUGAACGGAGUGGCUGCGUAUAUGCUUGGAAUUGAAGACCAGAAAGUGCUGCUUUACCUACUCUUAGAUGGCAAUAGAAGAAUCGAACUUGGGGAGCCGGAUUCGUCAUACAGACCUCUAAUGAAGAGGGUGGAUAUCUUCAGAAAUCUGGUGAUGUUCAUGAAAAGUGGCGAGGAAUCACCAGAUUAUGACACAUCUCUGCAGUUCCUCGAGCAGCACAUUGGGGCUACGAAGGAGGAUGUGGUGUCUUCUGUACCGUUCAUUGAGGCACACCUGAUCGAUCCCUCACUAGAACAGAAUAUGGUAGUGAAGCGGAUUCGCAAGGAGUAUCGCACUUUGCAGGAGGAACAGCUGAAGAGAGAGAAGGCGAGAAGGGAGUACCUCUCUGGAAAGGGGAAGCUGAAUGCGACUCAGCCAGCAAAAGUCCCUGCCCGAAAACCUCCAAAGAAUGUUGAUUCGACGGUUACUGAUGCUUCCCUAUCAGGUUUGAAGAAAGAACCAUUGAAGAAAGUAAGUGCGAUUGUGGAUGCUGCUCCUGUGUUAGACAAGCCGAAGAUGAAGUUAAAGCGUGCAGAUUCGAUGGAUUCUUUCAUCAACGAUGAUGAAUCGAGUGACGAUAGUGAAUGCAUGGAGGGUCAGGAAUCUGACGAGGACGAGGACGGUGGACCAAAUGAUUGUUGUGCAAUUUGUGACGAUGGUGGCGACCUCGUAAGCUGUGAUGGAUGCUGUAUGAGGUGGUUCCAUGGUUCGAAAAAGUCGGGAGAAGAUUCGGACUGUCCAACCCUUGUCCUCAGUGCAGCUCUUCUACGGAAACAAGAGUUCAAGUUUGUGUGCGGGAACUGUCAAUAUAAGAGGCAUCAAUGUUACGUGUGCAAAAAGCUUGGGAAUUCAGACGACAGUGACCCAACUACCCAGGAGGUCUUCCAAUGCGAUGCAGCCUUAUGUGGGCAGUUCUACCACAUGUCUUGUGUGGCGGCACAGCUAAAGAAGAGCAGCGCUGAUUUGCUCGAGAUGAAAAACCUUGGGCAAUUCUCAUGCCCCCUUCAUGAAUGUCAGAAAUGUGGCGGGAUUGAAGGCGAGAAUGACUUCUCUGAGCGAUUGGCCAAGUGUCGAAGGUGCCCCAAAGCAUGGCACGUUAAGUGCAUACCAAAAGAACUUCCAGUCACAGGAGGCACUGGCAAGCAACGUGUUUGGGGAGCGAAUGAAGAUGAGAGAGGACUACCUUUGCUUCUGUAUUGCAGGGCCCAUCCUCUCGAUCGAGAUUUGGGGACACCAGACAGGAACCACAUCACAUUCGCAACAGCACCAGCAGUGAAGAAGAAGUUACUGCCUCUGAAACCUAAGGGGACCAUCUUAAAGCCCAAACCAAAGUUGUCGCGACCUGUUGAAGCAACCUUAGGUACAGACAGUGAUUCAAGUCUGCCACACGGAGGAAGUGAGCAGCCUCAUAAUGCUCAAAAGGGUUCUCCAGCAGGGGAAACUGCAGUCAAACCUGUAAAUAUACAGGCGAAGGAUCGAAAGAGGACAACACGUAAAGUAAGCUGGGGGAUUUCAUCGGAUGAUGAAUCUCAAGACGGAAAGGUAGACAAUGCUCAGAAUGGUAAAUAUUCUUUCGGGAUGUUGGAAGAGCAUACCGGAAGUGUUGCUUUAGAAGAUGGUGGUGCAGAUGAUGCAACUGCAAUUGCUAGAAAUGAAAGUGAAAUUUCCGGGAGCGCAGGAGCUGUCAAUGCAACUGGGGAAGGUGUUCCAAACACCCCAACCUCGGAGGCCUUGUCGGUGCCUCCAGAGACAAGAGUCAAGAAAAGGCGAAUGUCAGAAGGAGAGAUUCUGCAGAAAAAGCAGGUGGCGAAACUUCAAGCACCAGCUGUGGGGAAGAUGGAGAGCCUAAAGCCGAAGGUAAUUGGGGAGUCUCUGCCGAAGAAAGGGAUAAAGCGACCAGCGAUGGACGAUUUCCCUGCUCCUCCACAAAAACGUCAGCAGCCCGAGUUUUCGAAAGCUGAGGUUGAGGAGAGUGUAAUGCAGGUAAUAGCUGAGUCGGAGAAGAGAGUUACAGAGCAAUCGGUUAAGAGUGAGCUGGUGGUCCCGAGUUGUUACGCAGACAACUCAGCUUUUACCACCAAGAAAAUCCGUACACAGAGGCAAAUUGAAAGCAUCCUUGCGGCUGUGAAGAAGGCAGUGGAUGCAGUGAAGAGGGGUGCGCCAGUCGAAACUGUCAAGCAAAUCUGCAAGCCAGAAUUUUUGACUGAUCUUGAUAAGGCUGGGACAUACCUCCGUGUCUAUUUGGCCCCUUUCCUCCAUGGUUCCCGGUACACUUCUUUCGGCAGACACUUCACGCAGGUGGACAAGUUAAGAGAGGUUGUUUCCAGGCUACAGUGGUACAUGGAAGAUGGAGACAUGCUCGUGGAUUUCUGUUGCGGUGCAAAUGACUUCUCGACGCUGAUGUUUGAAAAGCUAACCGAGGUUGGAAAAUCUAAAUGUCAGUUCAAGAACUUCGACAUAAUGCCACCCAAGAAUGACUUCAAUUUCACGCAACACGACUGGCUCAAGGUGAAACUUCAUCAGAUUCCAGCAAGUGGGGACAGACUGAUAAUGGGUUUGAAUCCACCAUUUGGUGUCCGGGCAAAGCUGGCGAACACUUUCAUUUCGCAUGCCCUGCAAUGGAGGCCCAAGCUUGUUGUUCUGAUUGUUCCGAAGGAAACAAGAAGCCUAGAGGGCAACGGCUACAAGCUUGUUUGGCAGGACACAGAACUGCUUUCUGGACAUUCUUUCUAUCUUCCUGGGUCAGUCGACAAAUCUGAUAAUCAAGUAAGCCAAUGGAAUGUAUUGGCGCCACCGCUCUACCUAUGGAGCCGAGAAGACCACUAUGAGAAGCAUGUUGAAAUAGCGGUGCAGCAGAAGCACCUUGUCAGAGUAGACACUGCACCGCCAGUCGUACCGUCCCCGACGAUGACCCCUGUCAAUAACUCGUUGCCAACACCGCAAGUGCCCGCCCAUCCAAUCGCUCCCGCUGCCACUGUUCUUUCUCCUCAAGGACCCAUGCCCCCUGGAAAUCCCCAUGUUGAUAAAGAGUCAGCGUUGAAUAAACCACCACCUCCGCCGCAGGUCAUGGCAGUGUCUCCUCUUGUACAGGAUACUGACAAUCCAGAAAUCAAGGUGGAGUCUGGGAGAAAACAUGGUAAAAGAGGGAAAUUCAAUAAGAGGAAAGCAGUGCAAGGAGUUGAGGAUUUCAGACAAGGGGUUUUCACAGCACCUGAUGAAAGGCAGAGGCCAGCAGAGAUGGAGAGGGAGAGGGCAAAUGAAGAGAUAGAGCUGCAGAUGCAGAGGGAGAGGGAGAAGGUCAGAGAGGAGAUGGAGAGGAGGGAGAUGGAGAGGAAGGGAAGGGAGGGGAGUCAGAGGAUGGAGGAGGAGAUAAGGAGGGAAAGGGAAGAAAGCGAGGGAAGAGAGAGGAGAGAGGAUGAGCGUGAGAGAAGGGAAAGGCCGUCGGGAAGAAUGUUGGUGGAGGUGGAAAUGUAUGAUGCUAGGGAACAGAGGGUGGACGCAUAUGAUGCGAGGGAACGGGAUCUUGACAGUUAUGAGAAAGCGAGAGAGGUUUUGAGAGCGCAAAUAGCAAGGGACAGGGAGGAAAAGGAGAGGAGGGAAGAGGAAGCAAGGGGAAGGCUGCAAGAGAGAGGGGUGUUAGUGGAGGUGGAUAUGUUUGAUUCCAGGGAACAGAGGUACGACGUAUGGGAGCGCAACGGUUAUGAAGCUCCACAGCAACAAGCUUUGGAUCGUGGAUUUGAAAGGGGUGGGAACCCUCAUUUCCCUCCUGCCCAAGGAGGCGGUGCCAUGGUGAGUGGGCCGACGCCUCUUCAUUCUGGGCAUCUUUCAUUGCCUCAUUCUCAGCAGCAGCAGCAAUUACCACCACGUAUUGAUUCACCGCUUGGUAUUGUGCGCGGUGGUGGUGUGAAAGCGAAUGAUCAGUGGCGGAUGGAGGAAAGGGAAAGGGAAAGGGAAAGGGAAAGGUUGCAGAUGGAGGAAAUGGAAAGGGAACGGUUGGAAAGGGAAAGGGAGAGGCUGCGAAUGGAGGAAAGGGAAAGGGAAAGAUUGCGAAUGGAGGAAAGGGAAAGGGAAAGGUUGCGGAUGGAGGAUAGGGAAAGGGACAGGCUGCGGAUGGAGGAAAUGGAAAGGUUGCGGAUGGAGGAAAGGGAAAGGGAAAGGGAAAGGUUGCGGAUGGAGGAAAGGGAAAGGUUGCGGAUGGAGGAAAUGGAAAGGUUGCGGAUGGAGGACAUGGAAAGGUUGCGGAUGGAGGAAAGGGAAAGGGAAAGGUUGCGGAUGGGAGUGGAAGUUCACCGGCACGAACAUCCCAGCUGGAUCAGAGGGCCUGCAGGUCUCGCUCUUAACAUAGGGCCUCACAUGGGUCCGAACGGGGGCGCAGGAAUUUUGGGAAGCCCUGGUGCAGGGGCAUAUCCUGGCCGGAUGGAACGAGGCGGCGAGGGUUUUGUGAAUAAUAGAGAUCCACUGAUAAGCCCCCAUGGAGGAGGACCUGUAUAUCCUGGCAGAAUGCAAAGAAUGGGUGAAGGGUUUUGUAGCAUGCCUUCUGAUGUGCUUGGAAGCCCUCACGGAAGAAUGUACCCUGGCAUCCUCGGGAACAUCGAAGGACGUGGCAUCCCUCCUGGGCCUGGUGUUCAUCCACCUGGCCCUCGCUUGAUGGACCGACAACAACCAUCCCCUCUUGGUGGCCCUGGUGGCAUUCCCCCAAUGCAAGGUCCAGGUUCCGGGGGGGGCUACAUAUCAAGGGGUGGAUGGUUGCACGACUGACACAUGUGUUGACUCAUUGGAGGUACGGGUAGGUGAUCUGCUGCGGAUGUGAUCACGAAACAGCAGAGGAGAAUUCAAGGUCUUGGAUAGGUGGGUAGGUGGGUGGUGUGGAUUUGACACAUGCAAUGGUGGAGGAGAAGUCAAGUCAAUGGGAUGUCUGCAUAUCCACAGAUGGUAUUGUCAGCUUGCUGAGAAAUGGGUCUGCUCGACACAAAGUUUCGGUACUCAGCACAAGGAUGGUAGACAAAGUGAAGCAAGCGCAGUCUUCACUUGAUCUUCACGGCUUUUGUUUUGACACCGUGGUAGUAGCUCUUGGUAUCUAUGUAUGUUAGCUGUUUGGAACUAAGCUGUAGAAAUGGGUACUGUAGUUUCAUCUAGGAAGGUGGUUUUGUGGUUCAGCUGUGCAGACAGUCAAUCAACUUGUCCUGGGGCAGUCGAGGUCUGAUUUUUCACAGGAGCUGAAGAUUUGUUUCUUACUCUCCAAUUCAUUGCAGCAUAACAGUUUUUUUAUUCAAAAUGGCUGGGAGUCCUACUUCAUGCAUACGCUCCUGUCCCUUCCUACCAUAACACUUGACUCGUGUAUAACUUAAUUAUAGCAUCUUCCCUCGAAUGAGCUGCCAAAAUGUCGAGUCAAAUUAGCCUGCCAGUAUUAUAUAUACACCCUUGGACUGGUUAUUUUCCUGGUCUGUGUUUGACAGCUGAAACACAUGUUCCAUGCUCCACUUCCCUCAGUCCGCUCCCUUCCCUCUCCCCUUCAAAGGGUUUUUGAUAACCAUCUUCAAUCAAGAGAAGCGAACGCU